AUGUGCUAUACAGGUUACUUGUCCAGUUGUAAUUCCUCAUUUAGUAAAAGAUUUUUAGAUCAAUUUCAAAAUAUUAUCACCUGUAAGAGCGUCAUUAUAGGCUUGUAAGCUUAAUGCGAUUAUACCUAAGAAGUUCUUCAUCUAAAAAAUGAACAUUAAAACUCUAAAAUUAAGCAUAUGAAUGUUCUUCCCAUCAACUGCACGUUCAUGUUAGUGCACAUUUGA